AUGUCUUCUCGCAAAGUCCGCGUCAAGAAGCUCAGCGUCAAGACUGCCCUUCCCGUGCUCAGGGAGGAUCAGAUCGAUGCUACAGAGUACGAGACCAUCACCACCGAGUCUCAAAUCGUAACCGGUGUCGAGCACGCCGAAGAAAAGGAAUAUCAUUUGCAAUCCAUCCUUAAGGAUGCCGGCACAAGUAACGACCAGGAAAUUCCUGUUCCGCCUCCCCAGGAGAGCGAGGUAAACUAUGAGCAACUUUACCCAGUGCCUUUCCACAGGCCAUCCACAUAUAUUCGCUUCUCACAAACCGUCGAAGAGUGCAUCAACUGCCAAUAUGACAUGAGCACCGAGGAUGACGAAUUCCUCAAGACAUAUAAUGCUAAGCCUGGGCCUGCUGGGGCCUUGUCUGAAGACGAUUUUGAACGCAUCAUGGAAGUGCUUGAAGACACGGCUGCUGAGCAAACUCCUUUUGCGUCGGUUGAUAACACAGUCGUUGCUUACGACAUGAUGGUUCCCGGACUCAACCACCUCGGAGCUCAGCACCUGAUGCAGCACGCCAAGCCCAUUUAUGAGUACUGGAAGGCCAGACGCCAAGAGGCUGGUAACAAGCCGCUGCAUCCGGCACUCAAAUUUGAGACACACCAAGAAACAGAUGACACCGACCCCUAUGUCUGUUUUAGACGCCGUGAAGCCCGACAGACCAGGAAGACGCGAGGACGCGAUAAUAAGAUUGUCGAGACGCUUAAGCGCCUGCGUCGUGAGCUUGAAGACGGCCGCCAGUUGGUACUCAUAUCGUAUGAACGCGAAAUGAUGAAGCGUGAACUUUUGCACAUGGAGCGCGCAGUCUUUGAAGAGCGUGCAAGGCUUAAACACAUUAAGCUUAAGCUCGGAAUCAAAGGCGAAGACGACGACUUGGUCAACCAAAAGCCACAGAAGCGCAAGCCUGUCGAUACAACGGCUGCUGCGCGGGCUGCUGGUGCCAAUGUUCGCACCCCAGUUCGACCCGAUGGCCGCCAAAUGGAAGCCGAUCUUCUCCAGCUUGCUGAUCAGCUCGCUGAGAAGGACAAGGAGCUUCGUAACGAGAUUGAAACCAAGGUUCAGAAUCAUCGCAGAUGGAACCACAACCACAUUGAUCUUACUGUAGACCCGCUAUCGCCCGUUGAGGACCCGGGCUUGGAGCUCAAAUUCCGCCCUGCAAAGACGCAGUACCUCAUGACGCCACCUGCAUCGGUAUCCUCUGACUCGAUGGAUGUGGACGAAGAGGGCCCCACGCCAAUGCGACUGGACAGGCCUCAAGCCUCUCCCGCAUUCCAAUUCAAAGCAGGCGGAAUUGCGUGUGAGCCGCUGCAAACCAAUCAGCCAGCGUUCCGCCGCAGGAUAGGUCGCUUGAGCCGCCUUUGGAUAGACAGACGAGGCAUGGCCACGCCGCCCAAGACCGAUUCGCAAGGAUGUUCGGACCGCUGGAAGUACGACUCCGACGAUGAUGACGAUGUUGAGCCACCAGUGUAUGAGAUAGAUCCAUUCGACACAAGAGCGUUGAAAUUCCGAGCGACGAUUCCGCUUAGCUCAUACCUCUUCCGGGGUAGACCAACCGUUCCGCCCGAGGUGUUGAACAGUGCAGCGACGCGAGCUCUACCAGCGCCACCGUCAGCGCAGCAAGCGCCAGCAGUCUCCUAG